AUGGCUCCCUUCACCCUCUACACCCACGCUGGCCCCGGCCCCAACCCCGUCAAGGUUGCCAUGGCCCUGGAGCACCUCGGUCUCCAGUACGACUGUGUCCCCCUCAGCUUCGGUGAGGGCAAGGGCACCGUCAAGGACCCCGAGUACACCUCCAAGGUGAACCCCAACGGCCGUGUCCCUGGCCUCGUCGACCACAACAACAGCAACUUCAGCGUGUUCGAGAGCGCGGCCAUCCUGCGCUACCUGGCCGAGAAGUACGACCCCAGCGGCAAGCUCGGUGGCACCACCCCCGAGGAGCAUGCCGCCGUCAACCAGUGGCUCGCUUGGCAGGUGUCCGGCCUGGGUCCCUACCAGGGCCAGCUGGUCUGGUUCCUGGCCUUCCACGAGGGCGCCCACGGCGAGAAGCCCAACCCCAGCGUGAUCGCGCGGUACCAGGCUGAGGUCGAGCGCCUGCGCGCCGUGCUCGAGAAGCACCUCGCGACCGCGCAGAAUGGGUUCGUCGCCCUGGGCCGUCUGACCAUUGCGGACUUUGCCAUUCUGCCCUGGCUCAAGCUCUCCGGGCUGGCGGGACCCGCGCUCAAGCCUUUUGAGGAGUACCCGUCUAUUGAUGCUUACAUGAAGAAGCUGGAUGCGUUGCCCGAAGUCCAGGCUGCGUAUAAGAAGGCUGUGCCUCCCAUGCCCUAG